AUGGAACGUAGCGGUAGACCUUCAACCUUUCACGAAUUGCUCUUUUCUUUCGUUGGUGCAUUUGCAUUUGCACUGAAAUUAACAUUCGAGGUAUUGGAUAUGACCUCACGACGACACGCGAAUAUGCACUGGGGCACGAAGUGCUUCACCAAGUAUGGUGAUAUUCGAAUUGAGCAAUAUGUCAAAGCGUAUGGCACAAUACAAGAUUUAAAACGCCUUAUACAACUGGCUCGUCAAGCGUCGGUUUAUGCACACGUGCCUAGUGAACUGAACCAUGCGAUUUGCAGUUGUCGAUCAUAA